AUGAGGCCCCAGGUGCCGCCGCGAGCGCGGCGGCGCACGACCUCAGCGGGCGCGUUCCUGCUGGCCAUCCUGCUGGCCAUGCUUGUCGCCAUUGCACCAGCCAGGGGUUUCAAGGAGGUGUUUGCUACGUUGUUUGCGCUGGAGAUGCAAAACCUGCUCGGCAUCAAGGAUAAUGGGCCGCUGCCGCCCGAGGGCACCAGUCAUGACUUGGGGGAAGUGGUGCGGGGCGUGAAGGAGCAAGGGGUGGGCAUCUUGUUCACUUCGUUGAAGUGGUUCUUCCAGCAACCCACCCCAGACACAUUCAACUUUCGGGUUUUAGACUACCUUGUGCAGACUGCGUGCAGCCAGGGCCUGCAGCUGUCCGUGGUCCUGGAUGCCCAGGCCAACCCGCCGUGGGUGUUUGACGUGGUGCCAGAUGCGGGCGUGGUGGACUCCAAGUACAUCGGCCACAGGUCAAUCUCGUUCAACCACCCGGCCGUGAUGCAGCUAGUGCAUGCCUGGUAUGAUGCGGUCCUGGCACGGAUGGCGGAGCUGAAUGCCACCUGCAUCCACUCCGUCCAGCCGUGCUUCAACAACGAGUACGAGACGAAGUACAUUCAGGAGGCCGAUGGUGCUCAAGACUACAGCGCGCAGGCCAUCACACUGUUUCGCCAGUACCUGCGCAACAUACAUGGCGAGAUCAGCUUUUGGAACGAGCGGUGGGGCACCUCCUUUUCGCACUGGGCAGCUUUCAAGCCGCCCAAAUUUUUCCAGCACGGCCAGCAUUGGGGUGACACUGCCACCAACGUAUUCUACUGGGACUGGCAGCACUUCCGCCACCAGCGCAUCCAUGAGGUGCACGAGAGUGGCUGCAUGCACAUUGCGGCAUAUGGCUUCCGCUGCAUCCAACACUUCGCAGAAUUCAUGACUGGCAGCGAUGCCAUCUAUGCUGCGGGCUCGGUGUUCACCCUGGCCGCCAGCCCUUGGCUGGACUACAUUGUGGUGGACUCCAACUUCAUGACCACCGCCAUGCUGCCCACGCGCGACGUGCGGGUAGUGCAGCUGCUGCUCAGCGCCAUGAAGCCCUUUGGCAAGCCAGUAUUUUUCGAGGGGGCCUUUGAGAGGAUCAGCGACCCUGCAGUUCACCGACGGGCAGUGAUGCUGACGGCGACAUCCGGCGCGCACGGCAUUGGCUUCACCAACUGGCUGGACCGUGUCGGGCCCACCUUCUUCAACGAUACCCUGCAGGGACUGCCGCUCCCGCACAGCGACGCUCCGCCGGUGGCCGUCCUCUCGCCGUACCGCUCCUAUUGGGCCUUCAAGGGCACACCCAAGGAUGCCAACGGCGUGCUCUUUCCCACAGACCCGCAGCAGGACCGGCUGUUUGCAUGCCUGGAUGAGGUGGAGAAGGCUGUGCCAUCGGUGGAUGGCCUGCAGAUAUUUGGCGUGCCCACCAUGCUCCUGGCGGUGGUUGAAGACUUUCAGCGCAUCUGGUAUGUCGAACCAGAGGUGCUGCUGUCCGGGGAUGCAGAGACCAUAGUCAGGAUCAAGCAACGGGCGGCGGAGCUGGGCGUGCCCUGGAAAAAGUGCGCACUACGGAAACGGCAAGGCAAGAGGGGGGCGCCACCCGUAUUGGUCAUUCCAGAGGUGUAUUGA